UUUUCUCGAUGUGAACGCGAAAUUUUUCAGCUUCGGAUUGAACGAAGCGAUCGAUUUAUUAUUCAAUGCGUAUGCAAUAUGCCUUGGACGUGCGCUGAUCGCUUAAAAUUAAUUCCAAGCGGUUUGCCUGCGCUGGUCUGCAAGUGACUCAUGCAUACGCGCCUUGAAUGCGUCGACUGCGGAUGGGGGUGUGUUUAUCUGUCAUUAAAUUACGUCUGCUACCAACAGGCGCGCGCGCGUGAGUGUUUGUUUUCCAUACUCUACUAUACGCGAAGGAUUACACAUUAAAAUAGCCAUACUUGUGCGUAUACACGAUGCAACGACAUCGGCAAAUAGCUCAAUCGAUGAGCCCGAGCGAAAUUCCAUACGGACGAUAAAACUUGAUGGCUCUGUUUAUCUCUGGCUUCUUACACUUCGUUCGAUAGGACUCGGUGUAUGCUUGACUGAAUAUGCAGCUGUGAGCCUAUCUCACUUUGAGUGACAAUUCAUCGGAACAAAAACAAACAUGUGAACUCGUCGCGACAUUUAUACUUCUCGAGUGUUAUCAAAAUUUAUCUUAGACCAAAUGGCACCAUCGAGAGACAAAUGGGUGAAACGAUUCGUGAUAUCGGAGACGAGUCGUCACAAGCGGGGCUUCACUAUAUACAAAGUCACUUCACUGAUGUUUUUGAAAUCCGCACCUGAUGUCAUCUCCAAAGUAUCGAUUUGGAAGCGUUACAGUGAUUUCAAGAAACUGCACAGCUCGAUUCAAUCGCUUCAUUCCUCGUUGAAGAUCAAGGAGCCCAUGCCACCUUUUUUGAAACCGACUUUUUUUCGACGUUUCGAGACCGAAGUUAUUGAACAGCGCAAAGAGUGUGCAACAAAACUUUUAGAAUUUAUCGGAAGAUACGAUGCACUCUUUACUAGUGACAUUUUUACCAAUUUUUUUGAUAGCAACAUUUUAGAUCAAAAAUCUUUGGAGUCGUCUCAUCAGUCGUUAAGCUCUGAUACUUCUGAAGAAGAUAAAGUUAUUAAUGCGGAUAAAAACGAUAGUGGAAUUGCAUGCGCAACAGAUUUGCCUAAAUUUGUAUGCACAACUAAAGUCAUGCCUGUGAAAAUAAACCAACAAAAUGAUUCUGUUAAAACUAAGUUUGUCAAUAGCCAAAGUGAUAAUAGUGACAUAACUGAGCAUGAACAUUUCUCUCAUAGUAGUAAUAAAGUUCACCUGAGUAGUUCGGUGGUGGACGGUAUAGAGGCUCUAAGUUUACAAGGUAAAAGUACUUCCACUGACGCAGUUGUGAUACACAAUGGAUCAGAUUUAAUGCAAUCAUUUGGAGACUCUGCACAAUAUAUACUUAUAGCAGCAGCUCACAUGAGUGCAGCUUUUCGUCAUGAAGCUAUUGCUGAGUACGAAGAAGCUUUUACACAGUACAAAUUAGGAAUUUCACAUCUUAUUCAUGGUAUUCAAAAUGAAGAAGAUCUGAGUAAAAAAAUGUUGAUUCAAGAAAAAAUAACUAAAUAUUUGCUAAGAGCAGAAAGACUUUAUAAUAGACAUCUUAAUUGUAAUGUUUCAAUUUUAAAUAAACCUGUAUCAGAGUUGAAAAAUUAUAAAGUUGUUCAAGUGAUGGGUUCAGUUAUGCUAGUCAAAGACACUUUACAAGGUUUUCAAAGAAUCAUAAAGACUGUACAAAAAGUAGAUGGCUGUAAGAAAGAAAUAAAUAGUUAUAUUUUGAGAGGAAAAGUUCCUUAUAUGGUACAACUUUAUGCAUGUAUACAGACAGAUUCUACUGUAUUUCUAGUAUUACAAUAUAUGAGCAAGGGAAAACUAUGGAAUUUCAUAAGAAAUAAUUAUAAACCAAAUAAUGGUGAAAAUUUACAUUUAAAUAAAAACUCAAGAUCAUUUAGUUGUGAAGCUGUCAUGCAAAUUGAUUCAAUUGAAAAAUCAAAUACCUUAGAAAAUCUUCCUCAGCUUCAUGCAACAAAUAAACUAGGAAAUACUUCAGUUAUAAAAGAAGAUAAUACUUCUUGUUUUUUAAAAGAGCAGCCUGCAGUUGAUACCAAUAAGUUACUUGAGAAUGCACAAAAAUUAUUGCAGUCAGUUAAUGCAACAUUAAAACGUAGUAAUUCUAUAGCUACUAGAUUAAAUGAAUCUGAAAGCCUUAUGUACAAACAAAAUUCUCCAAAUGGAGCUGAUAACAGUAUUUCUGAUCAAGGCAGUGCUUUGAAAAGUAGUUUACUAAGUAUAGAAGACUUUGAGGAUAUUAAUGACAGGGAAAAUUUCAAUGAGCUUUCUACUAGUGGUAGCUGUUCAGAUUUCUAUGCUAACACAUGUAAAAUUCCAAACAGUAUUUCAAUAAAACCAAAUAAUAGUAUAGUCAAUAUUGCCAAAGUAGAACAAUCUCAAAGUAAACAAAAUUCUCAUAAAAAUAUAAAUAAUUUUCAAAACCAGUUGAAAAAAUUAGAGAAUCCUUCUUUAGAAACAGAAAAACCAAUGUGGAGCAUUCCUGAAUCUGUAGUACAGAUGUGGUCAGCUCAAAUAUUGCUAGCUCUUGAAGCUCUUCAUCAACAAGAUGUUGUGGUAUCAGAUCUGAAGCCAGAUGAUGUAUUAUUAGACGAUAAUAGAAAUGUAUGCUUAGCGUACAUUGUACCUCGUAAAGAUACGGAACUUUUGCGCUUGAAAACCCCAUAUUCUGCACCGGAACUUUGCAUGUUUAUACCACCAAUUUCAAUUACUACUUCAGCAGAUGUUUGGAGUUUUGGAGUACUUUUAUAUGAAUUACUAACUGGCUCUGACUUUGAAGAUAAACAUCCUGGUCAAUUCUACACACAUUCAAUUGUAAUGAUUCCAGAUAACUUAUCACUUAACGCUAAAUCUCUAUUACUACAAAUUUUGAAAUUUCAAGCUAGUGAACGCCCUACUAUUCCAGAAAUCAAACAACAUGCAUUUUAUGCAAACAUAGAUUGGCUCGAACUUUUGAACGUUCAGUCUUAAGGCAUCAUUUUUCUUUUAUAAAGAAAAUAAAAAUAUUAUUUGAUUUGUCAAUGUAACUACAAGCAUUCACAGUUAACGUUGUUUCCAUGAAAAAUGAUUUGUACGUUUUGAUGUAACCGUUAGAUAAAUUUAUGUACAUAUACUUUUCAUAAAAA